GUCAUCGCCAGGCAAGUUACAAAAAUGAGUGUUUCUUCCUUGGAAAGGCAUAAGGUUUUGUCGACGAGCACAAGCUCUACAGCCUCAGACAGAGAUUCAGAGUCGUUAAUGGAGGGAGCAGUCAUGACUAAAUCUGGAAUGAGAGUUUAUAAGAUCGUGUUGUUGGGACAGGGUGGUGUAGGCAAGAGUGCCCUGACGCUACAAUUUGUGACGCACAGUUUCCUAGAAUAUCACGAUCCCACGAUAGAGGAUGCAUACCAGCAGCAAGCUGUUAUUGAUGGAGAGGUUGGACUUCUGGAUAUCUUAGAUACAGCUGGACAGGCAGAGUUUACAGCAAUGAGAGACCAAUACAUGCGUGGCGGAGAAGGAUUCAUCAUAUGCUACUCUAUCACCGAUAGAAGGAGCUUCCUGGAAGCUUCAGAGUUCAAGAAGGUCAUUGAGCGCGUGAGGAAUACUGAUGAGGUCCCUGUCGUGCUCGUUGGCAACAAGUAUGAUCUGGAGCAACGACGUGUGGUCUCAACUGAGGAGGGCCAAGCUUUAGCAAGAGAGUUCAGCUGUCCAUUCUUUGAGACAUCAGCCGCAUUGAGACAUUUUGUCGAUGAUGUUUUCUACACCCUGGUACGAGAGAUCCGCAUGAAGGAAAAAAAUGACAUUCUUGCCCUGGAGAAGCGAUUUAAGAAGAAGGACAAAUCGAUAAAACUUCAGAGCCUCGUCAGGAAAGUCUUCAGAAGAAAAAGCAGCUCAACAUUAUGAGAUAUCACAAGAUAUUAAGACUGAUAAGAGACAGUUAAAAGCCCUGACCUCAAGUGUUUUCAUCAUCCAGGGUCUAGACUUUGGAAAGCAAGAGGAUUGAGAAGAUCUUAUCCCCUCUUUCAAUCUGUAAAGAUGGCUUCUUGUGAAUCUGAUCUGUGGCACUAAAACACUGCACAUGCAUGUAGUUGUAGUCAACAAAUAGAUGGACGUAUAACACCAAUGACAACUGAAUUCUACCUAUUAAAGCAAUCACAACUUUCUUCAAUACUCCAUUUUGUCGUGGAUGAGACAGCCUUGUAGACAGUCAUUUCACCAGCUCGUUCGACCAUGAAUACCAGAUCAAACUGGUCCCAGUUCUCUUUACAGCAAUCUCGAAAACUAAGCUGUAUCAACACCAUUCAAGAAAUGUUUUGUGAAAUAAAAAAUCUGGCCAUUUUACCAAAGAACACAAACUAUUAAUGCUCUGUUUUAAAAAAGACGAAUGUUUAUUUUAUGAAUUUUUAAGGGAGGGUACAACAACAUGCCUUUUGCGUAUGCACUACGCACAACUCUCGGCCAAUGACGGGUCUACUUUGACCUCAAUGAGGGAGCUGUUUGAGAGUUUUUGACACCAUGUGCAAGAGUUCUAUAUUAGUCUUGCUGCAUACUUCGACAAUAACCAAAGGUCACUUUGACAAAGGUAUUUUUCAGAAGCAAACUUAAUAAAUUGCUGUAGAAUUAAUUUGAAAAUAUUUCUUUUGCUGUCUAUGGAGGCAGUUCUAAUGAUAUCCACAUAGCUGCACUUUAUAUUAAUGUGUGCUUUACAGUAUACACAAGACAAAUUUAAAAAAAUGUAAAUACGGUGUGAAUAUUACUUUAAAAAGUGUUUUUAUACAAGUGUGUUAGGAAAUUGUGAUCGUAGUCCAAACUGUUUUGACUUCGAGUUCAUUCUAAAGGGUGUGGGCACAAGUCAGUGGUAAUUAACCAUCGCAGAUUUCCAUCCCUAAGCUAAGUACAUCCUGAGAAGCUACUCCAACUGACAGCUUUGAAAAAACAAGAAAUGAGCAAAGAUUCAGAAAUGGAUCACCUGCCGGUUACCCAUUUCCAGGUGUGAGUGGAGAAGGUGAAUAUCUCUCGGCUGUUAUCUGGAAAUGGAAUAAUGAAAAUAGGUCACGUGUGUUUCACUAAUUGGUUUCCAUGCGAAGUGUCGUCAGAAGGUGUUGCGCACGUACAUGUAAUUUUCAGAAGGUGUCUACGCCUAAGGCAUGAUUGCAUAAAUUUUACAGUUACACAACCAAAGCUUUACACUAAGGGAAUAAUAUGAAGCUGACGUGCAGAUGUCUUGUUUUCUUUGCAAAUCAGACCGAACAAAAAACUAUUUUUGUUUCUUUAAACUUGCUGAGAAAAACGAGGUUUGAUACAGAGUGGGUAGGAUUCCGAAACCAAUUUAGAAAAAUAAUUUUACAUCAGCAUACCAAAAGUAAAGUUUGUUGACCUUGACCAAGGAGAAAUUGAUCUAA